AUGAAGCUAUUUCUCGUCCUCGCCGCCACCCUGGCAGUCGCCUCCACCGGCACAAUCGACCCCGCCCUAGAACUAGCCGUUCAGUCCGGCGCCACUCAAGCCAUUCUCGAAUUACCCCAAAUAAUUGACCAAAUCCACUCCAACCAGGCCCUUCAGUCCCUUCACAGUGACGCCAAGGUUACCGCGCUCGUCUCCACCCUGCAAGGACUCACUUCCGCCGCCCAGGCCCCCUUCGUCUCCAUCGCGACCUCCCUUGACCUCGAAACUAAGCAGUAUUGGGCCUCCAACAUCAUCCUCGUUAAGGGCCUCACCCCAGAAAAACUGUCCACCCUCUCCUCCACGCCGGGAGAUUUCACCAUCCGCGCGCAAAACGUCGUCUCACUCAACCCCCACCCCGCCCAGUUUGAAUUUCCCAACACCACCCAGAACAACCCGCAAUGGGGCGUCGCCAAAAUCCGGGCACCCGAAGCUUGGGCAGUCGCUGAUGGUGCCGGCGUCGUCGCCGCCAUCAUCGACUCGGGCGUCAACCUUGGCCACGUCGCCCUCGCCCCGGGCUACGCAGGCGCAUGGUUCGACCCCUACUACGCCACGGCUGACCCGACCGACGAAAAUGGGCACGGCUCCCACUGCGCGGGCAGCGUCCUUGGACGCGCCAACGGGGUCGGUGUCGCGCCCGGGGCGCGAUGGGUCGCCUGCCGUGGCGUUAACCAUCAAGGCAUCGGAACGGAGGGGCCUCUAACCGAGUGCGCCCAAUUCUUUUUAACCUCCAACCCCCGCCCGCACGUAAUUUCAAACUCAUGGGGUGGCGGUGCCGGGCAGACGUGGUUCAACCCGCAAAACGCGGCUUGGCGCAAUGCCGGAAUUAUCCCAGUUUUCGCCAUCGGCAACUCGGGAUCCGCCUGUGGCACGGCAUCCUCGCCGGCAGACCAGCCCGACUUGAUCGCCGUCGGGGCAAGCACGGACACCGAUGCCACGGCGACCUACUCCUCGAGAGGGCCAUCCAUCUCAGGGCCGGACGUUUGCGCCCCAGGGACCAAAUCGUUUCCUGCGGGACAAGUCCAGAUAAUUAUGUCACCUUUACCGGAACGUCAAUGUCUUGCCCCCACGUGGCGGGAGCAGUCGCCGUCAUCCUCUCCGCCCACCCUACCUGGACCUACGACCAAGUAUACGACGCCCUAA